AACUGAGUGCAAUACUUGCUAUUUUAAGAGAUAAAUUUCCAGCAAACGAAGGAAUUGAUGAAGUUACUAUGGAUUUGAUGCCUCAAUUUCCUUUGACAUCAAUUGAACAAUACCUAGAAUUCAAUGAAACAUUAAAAAAUAAUGAAGCAUUUCGUAAAUGUUUUGACAAAAGAAUUAAAUGUAUUGGUGGUGACUCCAUACAAAAAAUGGUUUCCAAUAUUCUAACAAACUGUAUAUCAUUUGACCUUGGUCAUAAGCUAUCUUGGACCGGUGCAAAAAAUACGAUUGCAAUAGAAAAUUCUACUUUUGCAAACAUCAUAGUUGCGGCUGUAAGUUUUACAAAAGGCAAAGGACCUGACUGCACCGUUACAUCCAUUGUAAAACAUAUCAAGAGCUGGUUACAACAUGCUGGUGAUAAGAUGAGAUAUAGAAUGAAAAAACAACAAUAGAGGACUGCUUCAUCAAUAUUCUCGAUUGAAAUACAUUUGGCGUCAUCUUUCAUAUAUGUAUAUUUGCUAUUAAUAAAAUAUACUGUGUUAAUAAAAUAUCAAGUGAAAAAAU